GCAGCUUUCGAACCAAGAAGAUCGUAAGGGGCACCAUGAUGAAGUGGAUAUGGAGUUUCUGGGAACUGCGGGGAAGAAUUAUAAGUUGCAGACCAAUGUGUAUUUAAAAGGAAGCGGAGAUGGGUUCUUUGACCACAAAACCCCUGUUGUUGGGAGAGAGAUGACCUUCGAUUUGUGGUUCGACCCGGCUCAACAAUAUCAUCGCUACGCCAUUUUGUGGACUCCAACACAGAUCAUAUUUUUCGUGGAUGAUAUACCAAUAAGGCAUUAUCCAAAGAAAAGUAGUGCAACAUAUCCAGAAAACGCAAUGCGAGAGUAUAUAAGCUAAUAAGCAUAUGGGAUGCUUCGGAUUGGGCAACCGAGGGUGGGAGGGUUAAGAUGAAUUACUCCUACGCGCCGUUCGUCGCAAAGUAUAAGAAUUUCAAAGUUGACCCGAACCCAUCGGGUAGAGCAUCCACAUUAUCAGAUAAACAGAAGGAAGCCAUGGUUUGGGCUCAACAGAAUCACAUGGUCUAUAACUACUGCACUAAUGGUCCAAAACCGCCCCCACCCGAGUGCAGCUAGCCCGGCCCAUUAAAGAAUAUCCUGCAUGCAUGUUGCCAUGUUAUUUACUCCAUCUCGAGCAUGCAUACACUACGCAUUUUACGUAACUUUGUUAUUUGAUUGGAUAUUUGGAUUUGCUGUGUUUUAAUUAAUUACACACUGUUACUCUCUAUUUUGUACUCUGUACUUGUAUUACAUGAACCUCGAUUACCCGGCCUUAUAAUUGUACGGCCGGGUGUGCCCAGGGCAGGCGGGUAGGUGCAGGCCUCAGGUUAUGCGUGACACCUCUCCGUCUGCACAUAUGCAUUUAUCUACAUGCAUCAACUUAAU